AUGUUGUGGGUCAAACUCUCCUGGCUGCUGGCCGUGCUGGCUUUAUCAUCCGGGAACCUGCCGCCUUCCAACGAGGCCCUGUCUGUGCCCAGAAUCUUCUUGUCCUUCAAAGAGUUAAAGUCUACCGGCACUGCUCACCACUUCUCUUUUCUCCUCAACUCAACCGACUAUCGGAUCCUUCGCAUGGAUGAAGACCACGACCGCAUGUAUGUGGGCAGCAAAGAUUAUAUCCUCUCUCUGGAUUUGCACGACAUCAACAAGGAGCCACUCAUAAUCCACUGGCCUGUUGCCCCCCAGAGGAAGACUGAAUGUAUCUUGUCUGGGAAAGACACUAAUGGGGAAUGUGGAAACUUCAUCCGUCUGAUUGAAUCGUGGAACCGGACCCACCUUUAUGUGUGUGGGACAGGCGCAUACAAUCCCAUCUGCACGUAUGUGGACCGAGGACGCAGGUCACAGGGGUUCCACAAUCUACAGGCAACUCAGUCAGGAGGAAGAACAAAUCGGGCAGCAGACUACACCACUACAUCAGAGCCUAUGAAGGCAGAGGAAUACAUUUUCCGUCUUGAACCUGGCAAAGUGGACUCUGGGAAAGGAAAAUGCCCUUAUGACCCUAAACUUAACAGCGUCUCUGCUUUGAUCAAUGGAGAGCUCUAUGCAGGAGUCUACAUUGAUUUCAUGGGAACAGACUCUGCUAUCUUCCGUACUCUGGGGAAGCAGACAGCCAUGAGGACUGAUCAGUACAACUCCAGAUGGUUAAAUGAUCCCACUUUUGUCCAUGCUCACCUUAUCCCAGACAGCGCUGAAAAGAAUGAUGACAAGCUCUACUUUUUCUUCAGAGAGAAAGCCUCUGACAUGGGCCAGAGUCCCAUGACCCAGUCAAGGAUAGGACGGAUCUGUUUGAAUGAUGAUGGCGGGCACUGUUGUCUGGUAAACAAGUGGAGCACAUUUCUGAAAGCUCGUCUCAUCUGCUCUGUGCCUGGAGCUGACGGCAUCGAGACACACUUUGAUGAACUAAGAGACGUGUACAUACAGCCAACUCAAGACACCAAGAAUCCAGUCAUUUAUGGAGUCUUCUCGGUUUCAGGAUCUGUGUUUAAGGGCUCAGCAGUCUGUGUCUAUUCCAUGGCUGACAUUCGUAUGGUCUUCAAUGGGCCGUUUGCCCACAAGGAGGGGCCCAACUAUCAAUGGGUGGCAUACAGUGGGAAGAUCCCCUACCCUCGUCCUGGCACCUGUCCUGGAGGCACUUUCACCCCCAACAUGAAAUCCACGAAGGAUUAUCCUGAUGAGGUUAUCAACUUCAUGAGAAACCACCCUACCAUGUUCAAUGCUGUAUACCCAGUGCACAAGCGCCCCCUGGUGGUCAGAACUAACGUGGACUACGAGUUCACCACGAUUGCUGUCGACCAAGUGAGAGCUGCCGAUGGGAGCUAUGAGGUGCUCUUCCUGGGCACAGAUCGGGGGACAGUCCAGAAAGUUAUUGUCCUCCCGAGGGAUGACUUACAGACAGAGGAGCUGGUGUUAGAGGAGGUGGAGGUGUUCAAGGUCCCCACCCCAAUCACCACAAUGAAGAUUUCAUCAAAACGGCAACAACUGUAUGUGGGGUCCGUCUUGGGUGUGACCCACCUGGCUCUGCACCGCUGUGAUGUUUAUGGGGAGGCCUGCGCUGACUGCUGUCUGGCCCGGGACCCAUAUUGUGCCUGGGAUGGAAAAUCCUGCUCCAGAUACUCUGCCUCACAGAAGAGACGCAGCCGCCGCCAGGAUGUGAAGUACGGAAACCCAAUCCGUCAGUGCCGAGGCUAUAACUCCAACACCAAUAAGAAUACUCUGGAGACGGUUCAGUACGGGGUGGAAGGAAGCACUACGUUCUUGGAGUGCCAGGCUCGAUCUCCUCAUGUGUCUCUGAAGUGGCAUCUACAAAAGGAAAACAGUGACAGGAAGAAAGAGAUUCGCUCAGAAGGCCGCAUCCUGAAAACAGAUCAAGGACUCCUGAUUCGCUCACUGCAGUCAUCUGACAGCGGCAUCUACCAGUGCACGUCCACAGAGAAAAACUUCAAGCACACUUUAGUGAAACUGCAGCUCGUGGUCCUCUCCAGCCGCACAGUCAACAACGUGUUGGUGGAGACCGGCAGCCCGGCUCUCCCAGCGCUUCAGUCCAGCGCCUGGACUCCAAGUGCCGGUCAGUACAAAGAUCUGCUCACCAUCCUCAGCCAGCCAGAGAUGGGACUGAUCAACCAGUACUGCCAGGACUACUGGCAGCUGGGGGACGGCAGCCUUGGGGACAGCAAAGCCAAGAGCCUGAAGGAGCUGAAGGAACAGAAGAAGCCUCGCAACCGCCGGCAUCACGAUGAGCAGACAACUCCAGCCCAGACAUGAGGAGCUCCACGCGCGAUCUGUCACAUUCAAACUCCACCCCUGCCUACCUUUUCACACAACCUUCCAACCAUUACAAUCCCCCCAACCCCCCUUAGGGGCAAUGACUCCAGUCAGAUGAUAGAUUAUCCUAAAGGACAAGGCAACAGAAAGCAUCAAACAGUUUUUCUACAACUGUUGGGGAAAAAAACACAAUAUUUAUUGUAGGUUGUAAAAAGUAAUUCUUUCUACUUAUCUAUAGAAACCAAGUUUUUGUGUAUAGAUAAAUCUGUGCAAAAUAUUGUUGUUAUAAUAUUAAUGUUAGUGUUAUUGUUUAUUAUAAUGUUAUUAUAUUAUGUUGAGAAUAUCUUUAUGUUUGGUGUUUUUUAAACAGCAACAAUAAUCUAGGACUGAGAGCAUCCACACAUGGACACGGACCUAUGAACAGAACUCUAAGUGGCGACCAUGUUGGAUCAUUUGACUGCUGGCAGUAUUCAGAAUCUAAGCUCAAAGUCGAGUUUGGACAUUUCUUAAACUUCCUUUAACUUCCUCACAAGAAUCAUCUACUGCAUACCAGACAGUUUUUUUUUGUUAACUGCUAAAUAGAAGUAGUAAGAUGACCUAAUGGCAUUUCAUAGAAUGUGUGAGGAAAGCAGAAAUGCAGGAAGACUGCAGCUGUGACUACAUGUUGCAGUCAUGUGUGAAUAAAAACCCCCCUCUAUGGCUUCCUUCCCUUGAUGAGAUCCAGUAUGGCCUCAAGUGAAGAUGUUGCAUCUUUCAUUCAUAUUCUUCCAUAUUCAGUUGCUGCCAAGUGUUUUGUUGGUACUGUAUGUGAAUAUCACAUCUCAAUGUUGUGUUCUUAACUAACGUGAUCUUUGUGAUAAGCUGUUAUCUGGGGUAAAGGUUCUUUUAAUGACACAAAAACUGAAAACAUAACAUUGCCUUCUCUUUUCUCUGCGUGGGGAUAAGAUAUUCCAGCAGGCAGCUAAAUGUGAGUUUGAGACAGUGAUUAAAAUAUAUAAUAGACAAAGCACCUUUUGUUGCCAAAUUGGUGAUUUAAAUAAACCUUAUAGUAAAUCUUCCUCAUGUAUCUGUGGCAUAUUAUAUAGUAUGUCCAAAUAAGAUGAAAUUUUGUUUUGUUAAGCUUUGUUUUGCAUUCCUCCCAUUUUCAUGUAAAUAUUAGUGAAAGCUAACCAUGUAAUCUGACUACACAAAUGUGCAGAUUUGCAGUACUUGGGAGUUCUAAAUGGUGCUGAAUGUACUGCAUAAUCUGGUUAACAACAGAGCUUCUACACCUAUUUCUUAUGCUGGUACAGAGCCAUCUUUCUGCUGUCUAAAUGGAGCCACAGACUACAUAUAAUCCU